AUGAAAGGCCUGGAUAUGCAGAUCAAGCACGUUCUUCUGUUCUUUCUCAUCACAAUGGCAUCCGUCCGAACAGUACAGUCAGCAUCGGGCUCUAUAUAUUAUUAUCGGUAGGUGUGAUCGAGCCAAUUGAAAAAAAAAAAUAAAUAAAAAUUAGGAAUGUCUUAAGUUGUUCAAAUAGUUGUGUACUUUUAAAUCGGUUCGUCAUGAAUAACUAAGAGUCCAGGUUUAAAUAACGUAAUGAUUAAUUGCAGCGACCCUCCCAGCGCCGUCCUCAACCCGUUAUCUCGUUUCUUCUACGCAGAAGAGCCGAGACAUCUGUCGCCGGCGAAACGAGACAAGAAAUACGAUCGGAACUGCUUCUUCUCCCCCGUUCAGUGCAUGCUGUCUUACAAUACCAACAACAAUGACGCCCUCUAUCAUCCCCGAGGUCGGAAAUAG